AAGAAGCCUGACCACAACAACAAGAAGCCGCCACGCAGGGCCCCCUGGGCCGACAAGCCUCAUCACGGCAAGCCCGACCAGUUCCUGGCGAUCCUCGACCAGCUCCCAGCAGAUCUGCGUGCUUCGGAGCAUGGACUGGCGCUUGCUAAGGAGAUCGAGGACCGCACCAAGGCCCAAAAGCUGGCCGCCCAGGCCAAUCCCGAGGCUGUCCACUUGCGGAUGGCCAAGGCGAUCAGGGUCGCCAACCAGGAGAAGGCCAAGCUCCAAUCGCUGUCCGUCCGCCUCAGGUCCGCCCAGGAGUACCUUGAGCAGUGCAAGAAGGACCAGCUCGAGCAGGCCAGCAUUAACGUUGAAGCGGAGGCCGAGCGCGUGGAGGCCGUCCGCGCGUACGAGGCCACCACCAUCCAGGGCGCCGGCCCUGGCACCACGCAGGACGGUCGGAGGGUGGUCUUCGCGUUCGACGCAGGCCUCUUCGACGACCUCGACCAGUGCGAGGAUGAGGCCAAGAACUCCCUUCUCACUUGGAAAGAAGAGCUCGAGCGCCACCAGCGGGAGAUGGAGGAAGGCCAGCGUCGCCUCCAGGAGCUCCUGCAGACGGUGCGGGCCACGGUGGAGGCCCCAGCCAGCAAGAAGCGCAAGAACCCUGCGGGGGAGGGUGUCGCUGCCGACCCCACGCCCGCCGAGGCCAAGGCCAAGGCCUCCGCGGCCCAGGCGCCCAAGGGCACUGCCAAGCCCACCCCGGAGCAGCAGAAGGCUGCCGCCGAGCAGGCGGCUGAAGCAGCCCUCGCCGCGGUCAAUGCCGAGAGCGCGGCCUCCUCCUCCACCGUGGCAGCGGCGGCCAAGGGGGCGACGAAGUAUGUGCAUGAGAAGCGCGACUGCUACAGCAUCGUGGCCUUGGUGGAGACCCACAUCGGCCCUGCAGCGACGCAGGACAUGCGCAUUCAGCUGCAGAAAGACUCGUGGAAGGCCUCGGUGACCCCUGCCUUCAGAAAGUACAGCGGUUUCUCGGGAGGUGAGAUGGUCAUUGCCCGCAAACAUAUCGCGGCGACCACAAUGGACCAGAUGCGAAAGGAU